AUGAUGAUGAUGAUGAUGGUGAUACAGCACAAGGAGCUGCUGCCUCUCAGUGGAGAACACAACACUCUGAUGCUGAUGUCCAGACAGAAUAAUGUGAACAACAAAUCAGUGGAGAGGAUUGAAGCCGAGCUGCAGCUGAUCCACAAGGAAUGCCCAACGGUUUAUAUUGACCUGCGUUGCGUCGAUACUUCAACAAAACAACAGAGAACAUCCCCAAAUGUUUCAUCAGAGCCCAAGUCACCAGCCAAACUCAACACCCACCAGACAACAACAUCUAUAAACAAACCCAAUCUUAAUGUGCAUGCUGGAUCACAGACAGGAAAUAGGGAAGUCAUUGGCAAGAGUCUGCUGCUCCAGAAAAUCAGGGAGAUGAGGAGAAAUGAGAAUGCAUUUUCAGUGCCAGGGAAUGAAGCAGACGAUAUGAAAGAGAACAUACCCCAUGCCAAAAAGUCAUCACAUGUACACUUUGACAGAAACAUUAAAAUGGAAAGCCCCAAAACAACUCAGCAAAGUACAAUCAAAGAAACAAAUCAUCCGAGGGACCAAACGAGACAGCAAGUUAGGAAACCAUUACAACAUGAACAACGGAAGAUUCUUAAGCAGCUGGAGAAACAUCGCCCAACCAAAUCUGUCAAUCAGAAGCAGCCAGCUGCUGAAAGGACGGACGUCCUGUAUGAUUUCGAGGCAUCUCAUCUACAAACAAUCUGUACACUAUCAGCAGAUAUUGAAAGUAAGGGGUGUAUGCUGCUGAUUGUCGACCUAUCAACUCCUGGUACAGUCGGAGCAAGGGCUCAUGGGAGGAACAAACAUCGAAAUCCAGCUCCGUCCAAACCAGACAUCUACAACACUUUAGUGGCUUGGUUUCUGUCUUUGGCUGGCCCACAACAUGAUGAAGAGGAGGGUAGUGCAGAGGUCCCAUUCUGGGUUGCAGGCCUUCAGCAGCUGUGGACAGAGGGUGGACUGGCUCUGCACGUUUUAGCCGUGGCUCGGCAAACGUACACGCCAAGGAAAAGGGACAGAGACAUCCACACACGGUUCUAUAACCAUGUGUGCCGGUUCCUCUCUGAGACUUUGCUCACUCAGAUCGCCCACUGGCUUCCUCAGCUGAAAAACGUGCUGGACCAACAAACCUACGCCUCACCCAUCGAUCUGCCCUCCUCCUGUCUGAACUGUUUCAUCUCCACCACCACAGACAGAAUGGUUAUAGUUCGGACAUUUAGCCUCAGCCCAGGGUUUUACUGGCAGACUCUGGAGACUCAGGAGCGUGUGUGUAAGGGGAGAGAGAGCACACAGGAGCUGCACACUGAGUCGCUCUGGGGCGCAGAGCUUUCUUCCUAG